CUCACAUGAUCGGGUCGAGAUCACUCGCGAGACUCACGUAUAUAUACCCCAGUGCAAGGUGUUGACUUCACCUACUCACUGAACUCGACCUCACUCUGCAGCAGAACGAAAUUCGUCGAAGUUUGCCAGGACGUCCUUUGCAACUUUAACCAUGGCCCGCGCUACAUCCAUCAUCGGCGUGCUCUUGGGCUGCGUCAUGCUCGCAGCCGCCGUCAGCGCCAGCGAUAGUGUUAACAAGUACCAUUUCCAGUUCUUCCAGCAACCCCGUGAAUCGGUUCUGGUGUUCAAGCCAGAUUCAGACCAAGGUACGAAUGGAUACACUGGAAGGGGAUACACAUUCGACUACAAAACCACACUGACCUACGAACCCGAUUCCACACCCGCUGGUUAUGUCGACGGUAUGGUCGUCUACACUGGUCCCAACAGAGGUAUAGAGACUUCCACCAUCUUCUUCAAAGACAUCGGCGAAGUGGGAGGCAUGUUCGCGAACGGCGAGAUCUCGCUCAGUGGUCUGUGGAAGGAUGAAGAGAGCCGCCAGGAAUUGGCCAUCGUCGGUGGAGUCGGCAACUUCGCUGGUGCUUACGGCAAAGUCGUCUACACCCAGGUCGGACCGACUCUGUAUCUGGUGCAAGGGGAGAUUCUCAUCGACGCCCAAGGCAAUGAUUUGCAAGCCCGCAAGAACUGAAUCUCAAUUACAGCCAAGGGCCAACUGCAGCAUUCAUUCGAAUAGGAGUAGCUAGCAAAUACAGCUCUGCGCCUUUAGCUGUAGUCAGCCUUUGAGACUUCGAAUCGUGCGCACGUUGUGUUGGCGCGCGCUGGUUUUCCUAGUGUUUAAGCACAGUACUAAUCUCGAAGGAAUACCACCAGUCCUUUUUUCCAAUGCCGAUGAAUCCAAUCUUUUAAUAAACUCCAUAUUUUCCUCUAU